AUGGAAGAGGGUGUCAUGUAUGCUGAGCUGUGCUUUCCCCCCACACCAGCUCCUCAGCAGUGAGCGUGCCUACCCUGGUGCUGGGCAGCCCUCAGCCUGGGACUCCUCUCCCUGAUGCUCCUACUGGCACAGAUCAUCCUUGUCAGCCUGAGUUUCCACUAUUUAGUGCAACUACAAACAAGCUGCACAGACAGUCUCUGGAGAACAGAGGAGAGUCCCAGCUAUGGGAAACAGACACUGGAAGGGCGAUGCCAGUUUUGCCUGGUUGGCUGGCUCUGGGAUGCAGGGCAGUGCUACUACUUCUCCUCUGCCAAAAAGAACUGGGAGCAGAGCAGAGAGGACUGCUGCUCCAGAGGGGCACAGCUGGUCACCAUCCAAGCCAACACCACCCUGGCUUUCCUGGUGCACACAGCUAACAUGGAUGCCUUUCAUGUGGGGCUGAAGCAGGAUGGCUUCAGGUCUGAGUGGAAGUGGCUGGAUGGCAUCACACUGGAAGGGAUCUUCCUAGUCCAGCGCUACACCAGGUCUUUCCAGGCUUGUGGCAGGGUGUCAAGCUUGGGACUUUUAGGUGGUGCAUGCACAGAAGCCCUCAGAUGGGUCUGCGAGCAGAGUGCAGCCACCAUGCAGUGGCUCCAGUCCUUGCCUCCUGCCUUUCUCUGGGGAAACACCACCUACAGCUGUGUGAGGCCCUGA